GAGAAUUAUCAUCUUAAUUGUCGAUGCUAGCUAGAUUCAUAAAGCACUCUUGGUUAAUUCUUGAAUCCGUUCACUUUACACAUACACUGGUCUUCUCAGGUCAUUCCCGCACAACCAUGUCUCCUUCUGUUGAACUGACCGAUCGCGCGGCCUUGACCGCCAGAGCGGUUCCGUCGAUGCUUCUUAGCGACGGCUCUGCAUCGUCAAUGACGCCGCCGCCAACCACAGGGAUUGCAACUGAUGCCACAAAUGGAGCCAAAGAUCGGUUCACAGUUCGAGGAAAUAUGAUUGUCACUGGAGGAGCUGGAGCUCUCGGCCUGGCCUCUUGCGACGCCCUGCUAGAGCAUGGUCUCUGCGGACUGAUGAUCUUUGAUGUGAACCCCGCACAGUCACAGCAAGAAAUCGACAAGAUGCGGUCCAAGUUCCCGCAAGCCAAAAUCAACGCGCUCAAGGUGGAUGUCACAGACGAACAAGCCGUGGAAAAAGCCGUGGAAGAAACAGCCCGGGUUCUAGGCUCAGUCGACGGCCUCGUGUGCUUUGUCGGCGUCGUUGGCUGCGUGGCGACUCUCGAGAUGCCCGUGUCGCAGUGGCGGAAAAUACUCGACAUCAACACUACCGGAUCUUUCAUAUGCGCUCAAGCGGCAGCGCGCCAAAUGGUUCGACAAAAGACAGGCGGGUCCAUCACCUUUACUGCGUCCAUUUCCGCCCACCGCGUCAACUUUCCCCAGCCGCAGGUCGCGUACAACGUGAGCAAGGCAGCGCUAUUGACGCUCAAGAAUUGUCUUGCAGCUGAGUGGGCGCAAUACGGUAUCCGGACCAACAGUAUCAGCCCGGGAUACAUGGACACUAUUCUCAACGAGGGAGAUGGGAUUGCAGAGCAUCGAAGGAUUUGGGCUGCUCGCAACCCUAGCGGUAGAAUGGGGAGCCCGUCUGAGCUAACGGGGGCGGUUGUACUGUUGGCGAGCACGGCCGGGACGUAUAUGAAUGGAACUGAUAUUGUCGUGGACGGCGGUGCAAUUGUUUUUUAGUCUGGUUUGAAGAGCUCGGCAUGAAAGACUCAAUGCUCGGGGUUCCAUUUAGCAUGUUCUCGGGCGUGAGGCGAUUCCGGAUACAAGUGCAAGUAAAACUCGAGUAGCUUAAAAGUCGUC